AUGGUGGAUGAAGAGAUAUUCAUUGCUACUUUGGUGCCAUCUGGAAAUACAACACCAAAUUCUAGUAUGACGCUGGAACAGAAAAUAAUGUUUGCCUUUGUGAUUUUAUUAUUUAUCUUCUUGUGCAUCCUCAUUGUUCACUGCUUCCAAAUUCUUCUCACCUCUAUGCCAACCUCAGCCUGGGCUGAUGUACUUGAGACAAGGCCGGUUUGA